CUCCCCUCUCUCUCUCUCCGCUGAACUGCAUUUAGCGAUUUCGGCUUGCCCGUGCGGCUGGUGCUCGCGCAGCCACCGUGGUGCAGAUGCGCACAGAGCCGCAGCCUUUGCCGCAGCGCCCGGGGCUCGGUCGCCUGUACCCGCUCGCCUCCAGAUGUUGUUGUAGAUGCGGCCCGGAUCCCUGCCCUUCUCCGCGCGUCGCAGGAGCCGCGGAGCGAAGACGAGCGCAGCCACAUUAGAGCGAGCACCGCGCAACACCUGACCGCCUGGCAAGGAACCUCGGUCUCUCUCAGUUACCCCGAUAACACACAGCCAACGCCAGUGCGCAUCGCAGCCGCAGAAUGGCGGAUCCAAGAGAAACGGACAACUAACAGGAGAUAGAGGUGGAAAAAAAACUGUCAUCAUGGGUUAUAAGAUCCCGGGCGCGUCUCUGGACCGGGUCAGCCUGCUUUGGCGGUUGCGGCGGCGGGCGCGCAGGGGCGUGGCCUGCAUGGGGCUGUUCUGCGUGGCGAUGGGCCUGCUGUACGCGCUGUGCGCCGAGAACAGCGUUCCUGUGACGGACGCCAUCUUCGGCGUGCGCGCCCGAACCCGCGCCCAGCCGCGCGCACACGCCGUCGCCCGGGCCAUCCGCGCCGGGGGCGGGGCCAAGCCCAUCUACGCCAACCCCCAGAGCCACCCGGGCAUCGUCCCCGGCGACCCGCGCCGGCCGAUCCCGGUGCUCUCCGCCCCCAACGCCAGCAUGGAGAGGGGCGGGGCCGAGGCGCGGGGCAAGAAGAGGGAGCCUGGAGAGGGGGCGGGGCUUCUGUCCUGGCUGAUGCCCCGCCCCCUGCGGAGCCUGCUGGAGGGAAUGUUCGGGGGCAGGAGGAGGGGGGCCAUGGUGGGGGGGGGCGACGCGGAGCUCUUCGGGCCACACGGCACCCUGGGAGAGGUGUGGGACGACAGGAUGUCCAGCAGCAGGCUGGGGCACAGGCUCAGGAAGGUGGUGCAGAACUACCAGGCGCUGAAUAAGUAUGGGGUGCCCCUCCCGUCCCGGGGUGUGGGGGACGGCUCCAGACGCAGUGGGGCAGAGCUGCUGUGUCAGCUGAAGGGGAAAGUGGACGUGACCACCCUCACACCCGACCUCAGGCCCUUCUCCGGCCUGUCCUGGGCCCCCCUGCUGCCCCCGCGACCCCUGACCUCUGACCUGGGGCCCUUCAGGAGCUGUGCGGUGGUGUCGUCCGCGGGGUCACUCAAACACUCCGGGCUGGGGAAGGAGAUCGACUCCCAUGAUGCCGUGCUGCGGUUCAACGCGGCUCCCACGGCCGGCUAUGAGAAGGACGUGGGGAUGAAGACCACCGUGCGCCUCAUUAACUCACAGGUGAUGGCCUCUGAUGACCACCGCUUCCUGUCCAGUUCCCUGUACAGUGCUGGCGUCCUGGUGGCCUGGGACCCCGCCCCCUACUCCUCAGACCUGAGCGAGUGGUACAACCGGACGGAUUACCCCAUAUUCCUGCAGUAUCAGAAGUACCGGCGGCUGCACCCACAGCAGCCAUUUUACAUCCUGCACCCGCGCGUGGAGUGGCAGCUCUGGGACACCAUUCAGGCCAACAUGGCCGAGGCCAUCCAGAGAAACCCGCCAUCCUCCGGCCUGCUGGGGACAGUGCUGAUGAUGUCAGUGUGUGAGGUAGUACAUGUGUACGAGUUCCUGCCCUCACGGCGGAAGACAGAGCUGUGCCAUUACUACCAGCGGUUCUAUGACGCGGCCUGCACGCUGGGGGCCUACCACCCGCUGCUCUACGAGAAGAACCUGGUCAAGCGCAUGAACCGCGGGCCUGACCGAGACAUCUUCAACCACGGCCGCGUCACCCUGCCCGGGCUCCACAGCUUCAACUGCACACACAGGGCCACGCACUGACCGCAUACUGACCACACACUGACCACAUACUGACCACAUACUGACCACACAGGGCCACGCACUGACCACAUACUGCACACACAGGGCCACGCACUGACCACAUACUGACCACACACUGACCACAUACUGCACACACAGGGCCAAGCACUGACCGCAUACUGACCACACACUGACCACAUACUGCACACACUGACCACACAGGGCCACGCACUGACCGCAUACUGACCACACACUGACCACAUACUGACCACACAGGGCCACGCACUGACCGCAUACUGACCACACACUGACCACAUACUGACCACACAGGGCCAAGCACUGACCGCAUACUGACCACACACUGACCACAUACUGCACACACAGGGCCACACACUGACCACAUACUGACCACACUGACCACAUACUGCACACACAGGGCCAAGCACUGACCGCAUACUGACCACACACUGACCACAUACUGCACACACAGGGCCACACACUGACCACAUACUGCACACACAGGGCCACGCACUGACCGCAUACUGACCACACACCGACCACAUACUGGACACACAGGGCCACGCACUGACCACACACCGACCAUAUACUGCACACACAGGGCCAUGCACUGACCACACACUGACCACAUACUGCACACACAGGGCCAUGCACUGACCGCAUACUGACCACACACUGACCACAUACUGCACACACAGGGCCACGCACUGACCGCAUACUGACCACACACCGACCACAUACUGGACACACAGGGCCACACACUGACCACAUACUGCACACACAGGGCCACACACUGACCACAUACUGCACACACAGGGCCACGCACUGACCGCAUACUCUCCACACACUGACCACAUACCGACCACACAAGGCCAUGCACUGACCACACACUGACCACAUACUGCACACACAGGGCCAUGCACUGACCGCAUACUGACCACACACUGACCACAUACUGACCACAAAGGGCCAUGCACUGACCGUAUACUGACCACAUACCGACCACACAGGGCCAUGCACUGACCACACACUGACCACAUACUGCACACACAGGGCCACGCACUGACCGCAUACUGACCACACACUGACCACAUACCGACCACACAGGGCCAUGCACUGACCACACACUGACCACAUACUGCACACACAGGGCCAUGCACUGACCGCAUACUGACCACACACUGACCACAUACUGACCACAAAGGGCCAUGCACUGACCACACACUGACCACAUACCGACCACACAGGGCCAUGCACUGACCGCAUACUGACCACACACUGACCACAUACUGACCACAAAGGGCCAUGCACUGACCACACACUGACCACAUACCGACCACACAGGGCCAUGCACUGACCACACACUGACCACAUACUGCACACAUACCAACCACACAGGGCCAUGCACUGACUGCAUACUGCCCACAUACUGACCACACAGGGCCAUGUACUGACCGCAUACUGCCCACAUACUGACCACACAGGGCCAUGCACUGACCGCAUACUGACCACAUACUGACCACACAGGGCCAUGCACUGACCGCAUACUGACCACACACUGACCACACAGGGCCAUGCACUGACCGCAUACUGCCCACAUACUGACCACACAAGGCCAUGUACUGACCGCAUACUGCCCACAUACUGACCACAUACUGACCACACAGGGCCACGCACUGACCACAUAUGGCCCACAUACUGACCACACAGGGCCAUGCACUGACCGCAUACUGCCCACAUACUGACCACACAGGGCCAUGCACUGACCGCAUACUGCCCACAUACUGACCACUCUCUCUCUCUCACACACUCUCUCACACACACACUAGAGUAGUGAUGGACUGCACCAGGCAGAUCUGGGCUAGCACUCAUUCAGCUUUAGUAUCAAACCAGAAACAGUCAGACAAUCAGUGGGGAUCCAUGGAAGUUCGGUCUGCAUGCAUGCAGUAUAACAUGAACACAAGGCAUUAUGGGCAAUGUAGGCAACAUGGCACCCAUAACUCAUACCAACCUAUAACCAGGGGAUAGCUCGCUAGGUACUACGAUACGUUCUGGCAAAAACAGAUUAUACCAGUGACUGAGUACAUAGAUCGUUUCGGCAAAUUUAAACAAUCAGAACUAUACUGGGAGGACGAUGAAAUUAGCAACAUUUCGGUCCUUCCUGAAGUAGUGAACAGACGGAGCCAAGAGACGUGGCUCACCAAACAGAACGAAAGCACCCAUCACAUUUCCAAACCGGCAGCCAUCUUGUGUGUGAGUAAGAGGGAGCUCUCCUGUUAUUGGCUGAUUUAAGCAGCUAUGUACAAGUGAAAAAACAAGCUCAUUCAGAAGGUUAGAUUUUGAUACAAUAUUUUAAAGCACACAUAAACACACUGCAUACACACACACUCACUGCACUUAUGCAAAAACACACUCUUACUAUAUCACACACAUAAACACACUUACUGUAUACACACACACCCACAAACUGUACUUAUGCAAAGACACACUCUUACUGUACACACACAUUACACACAAUUCCACACACACUUACUAUGCACUGAAACACUCAGACUGGACUGUAUGGCUCACACACACUCUCACAAUCAACAGACCUACAACUCACUGCCCUACCGACAUCUGACUGACCUCCUGACAGACAGACACGUGUACAGAUGGACAGACACACAGAUGCACGACUGGUUGUUUGAUACUGCCGUGUACUGCACCAUCCCUAAACAUGCACAUAACCCACCCAGUCUAUACUAUCCUACAUGCACAUAACCCACCCAGUCUACACUACCCUACAUGCACAUAACCCACCUAGUCUACACUACCCUACAUGCACAUAACCCACCCACAGUCUAUACUAUCCUACAUGCACAUAACCCACCCAGUCUACACUACCCUACAUGCACAUAACCCACCCAGUCUUUACUACCCAUCCCUACAUGCACAUAACCCACAGAGUCUAUACUACCCAUCCCUACAUGCACAUAACCCACCCAGUCUACACUACCCUACAUGUACAUAACCCACCCAGUCUAUACUACCCAUCCCUACAUGCACAUAACCCACCCAGUCUACACUACCCUACAUGCACAUAACCCACCCAGUCUAUACUACCCAUCCCUACAUGCACAUAACCCACCCACAGUCUAUACUGUGAUUUAUCUCACACUGUGCUGCUGUACAGGAGAGGUGGGCCAGGAACUCUUUUACAUAGAAUGUGUCUGCAUGCCUACAGUAGCUCACACACUGCACAUCUGGGGUUAGACCUCAGGGGGCGCUGUUGCUCCUGAGCAGAAAGUUGUUUUAAAAAAGCAGGUUGCAACUGAAUGAACACAAAGACGUGCAAGUCAGCAUGUCAAAAACAACAUGCAGUCAUCAGCAUGGAUGAUUUCACCUUAAAAAAUACAUACCGUAAAUCCUCAAAUUGUGGCCGGGGUCUUUUAUUUACUUAGGCUGCACAAAGCACAGGCCUUUAUUUGGGACAGGCUUGUAUUGACAGGCCUUUAUUUCUUACUAGGCUUCUGUUGUAGAAUUUUAUUCUUAGAAAUAAAAUAAAAGGCUACACUUAAAGUGGGCCAACACUGUUCAACACUUCCUGUAACCGUUAAGAAACGCAAAUUGAGUAGCUAAACCAUUAAUGAAAGCCAAAACAGAUGCGUCUUCAUAAAAUAACAACUUGCCAGACACGCCUUCAUGAACAAUAACAAAUUAGCGUAGAUAACAGCAAGGGAUCUUUUUUUCCUCAAGUGCGUUUUAUUGUGAGACAUGCAUUUCGUUUGGAGCAGCAUACCGGUAGGCUAUCAAAAGAUUUUCGGUUUGGUUUGGAUUUAAUUUACUUUUGGACUGUUUGAUUCUAUUGCUAAAUGUUAGGACUGAUGGGCACUGAAAUCUGGGGGGUAUUUGAUGGUUGAAAGUUGAAAGUGUGUCGGGAUUUCCACCCGUCUGUUUAUUGCAAGUCAAGGCAGCCGCUUUCAUUCAUUCAUUGAACGUGCGCUGUGCUGUAAAUACAUGGAAACCUUAUUGCGUAGCCAAUUAGCCUAAAUUGAGUUAAUUUUUAAUUUUGCCUAAUUUUACUUUUUAUUAAAUUCAUAGGCUGGAAUGCCUCACGGCAACAAUUGUGUUUAAAUGUAUACUGCUUCAGCCUUUGGCAAGCUACUCAGAAGGGGGCGGCAAGCGACUGGUAGCUUGAGAGCAACGUGUUGGAGACCCAUGGUGUAGGACAACGACUUUUCAUUGGCAACAGUAUUAAACCAACCAACAAUAUAAAAUAUUAAGAAGAGCUCUUUUAUUUCAUUGAGUUAAAUCGAAACAAUGUCUUCUAGUGCUCAUGGACUGAUAGCCCUACUGGUAGGCAAUAUUACCCAGGCUUGUAUUUGGGGGCCGGCCUUUAUUUGUCCAAAUCGACCACGCCCCCGGCUAUUAUCCGAGGCCCGGCUUCAAAUAGAAUCCCGGACACAAUUUGAGGAUUUACGGUAUAUAUAUGGGGAGGAAGGUAUGAUCAGAAUAUGAUGAAUUCUGUUUGCUAUGGAGUGUUAAGGCCCGUCUCUAGAGGGGUGUCUGAGACUGAGGCUGAGGACUUGUUUAGCCAAUCCUGAGUCAAAUAUCUACAGACUCUACAGACACCAGUAAAACAACUGCAGACUACUGACAAUUUUUACAUGAAACAUAUUUUCACAGAUAUUGCAACAAAUUCCCCUUCUUAUUGUGUGUUUUGGAUAGUAUUUUGCUGUUUGUAGAGGUAUGUAGAGUGUGCUCAUUCUCUACCAGCAUGCAAAGAGGUAAAGUAUUUGAGGUGAACAUUUGGCCCAGGUGUAACCCAGCGCCCAGGUGUAACCCAGCGUAUCAUGCCCUUCAUACCUUUUCACCUUCUCCUCCAAGUGGAUAAAAGCUGGAACUGUGUUUUAUUUUUAUUUUUUUCUUCUACAAAACCAAUGCAACAUUAAAUGAACUAUUAUUUUUGUAUCUAUUUUUCAUUUUGAUUUUUUGCAUGUUGAAGAUCUGGAAUGAAGACUGGAAGGUUAAAACAUGCACACUUAACUGCCUGCUCAAACAAGGGAAAUAUAUAUUUUAUUAAGACAUUGUAAGUUGUAUUUUUAUUGGAUGGACAACGUACUUUAUCAUGUUCAAAGAAAUGAACCUGUGGAGACAUUUACUUUACUUUUUAUUUUCAUACAUUUGUCAAAUUUCAUCAAAUAACAUUUGCUGUAGAACACA